AUGACAGACAAACCGGGCAUGCCGACGGGUGGCGGAGGCGGCGAUGACGCGGGAAACAUCAUGGCGUUACUGGAGCGCGUGGCGGGUCUCAUGGACAGCGUCCAGACCACACAGCAGCGCAUGGAGGAACGUCAGCUGGAGCUGGAGAACACGGUGAAGACCAUCCAGGCCGACGUCGUCAAGCUGACCAACGACCACGCCAACACCAGCUCCACUGUCACCCGGCUGCUCGAGAAGACACGCAAGGUCAGCCGCCACAUCAAGGAUGUCAGGGUGCGAGUGGAGAACCAGAACAUCAGGGUGAAGAAGGUGGAGGCAACCCAGGGUGACCUUCUGGCCAAGAACAAGUUCAGGGUGGUCAUUUAUCAGGGUGACCAGGAGGUGAAGGCCGUGACACCAGGCAACGAGCCAGCGGAGGCCAGCGGCAGCCGCGGUGCCAGAGCCGAGGUGGAACCGGACAAGUUCGACCUCCCUCCAGAGUCGGAUGAGGAAUACAUGGUGGUGGAGGAGGCAGACUCCUCGGCGGCCGGCCGGAUGAAGAAGACGGGCUUGACGCGCAUCGAGAGCUUCAAAGCCACCUUCUCCAAGCAGAACAUGAACAAGACCCGCGAGAACCUGGGAAGCAAGGUCAACAAGCUCGGCGAGCGCAUCGUGACGGCAGAGAGGCGCGAGAAGAUCCGCCAGUCCGGCGAGAGGCUGAAGCAGUCGGGCGAGAGGCUGAGGGAGACCAUCACCAAGAGCGUCCCCGCCAAGCUCAACCUGAAGAAGGAGAGGACUGUGGCGGAGGGCCAGGAAGGAGCCGAGGGCGCCACGGAGGGAGCCGUGCCCGUCCCUCCUCCCAAGGGCCGCAAAGGCAGCCCGGACGCCGCCAAGGCAGCCGCCGACGAGGGCAAGGCGGAGGAGUCCGAGGUGCCGAUGUAUGACAUGAAGCAGCUAUCGUAA